AAACAAGAGAAGACCUUGUUAUCCACUUCCGCUUUCGUCAAUUCCUCUCAGACGUUCCGGAAGUCCGGAGAUGGGAACCAUCUGUUCCACCACCAGCCUCUUUACUGCGCUGUAAACGCUGGGCGGAGCUUGAAUAUUAAUCAUUUUACUGUGUCUGCCGAGCUACCACCGCCACAACACUGCUGCAUUAUGAAAACAUGCGCAUGUGACCGACACUCGUCUUUAUCCACGGGCAAGAAAAAGGUGCUGUAACCACAGGGCAAAGAUAAGGGAUGGAGAUCAAGGAAGAAAGGAUGCCGCCCUCUUCCCUCAUCCCUCUGCAUCUCCUGCCGCCGGCGCAGUGACGAAGAAACUGAGAAUGGCUCAAUCUGUGAGGCGACCAGAGGCUUUAGGAGCCAUGAACCUUGAGUCACAGAGGAACAAGUCCAGGACCAGCUAUUUCUGCAACGUGAAAAGCAGGCUGGGAUCCAAACUUCCUGCUGGCGUCUCCCAGCCUCCACAGUUCGCAAAGCCCCCCUGGAAAACAAUGCAGGAGGCCGCCGCGGACAGCCAGCUCCAGAACCAACCGGUCCUGACGCGGCCUCUCGACCACAUCCCCCACAUCAGAAACCCAAAGCUGCGGCAGUACUACCUGCAAGGGACUUCAUGGGACCUAAGCGGCACCGCAGGAGCAAAAGAGCCUGCAGGUGGACCGCCGGAUGACGGGAUGAGCCUCAGGGGAUUCCCGGAGAACACAGCGUUCAGUGUUGCAUUCCGGGUUAAUGGUGACGCGGCCCCGUCAGCAGAAGAGGUCAUGGGCCUCGCAGCUUCCCAGUCACAACACAACUCAUCCGCGACCUUCUUGACCUCAGAGCAGCUGAUCGCUAAGGGACUAACCAAAACCCCCAGAGAUGGAUCUCAGCCAGAACCGCACUCCGGACCUCUAGAGAACCCGGAGGCAGACGCCGACCACGACUGUUUUGUGACACUUACCGCCCAGCCUCAAUCGCCGUCGCCAGAGGCCGAUUAUGACAAACUUCUGGAUGUGGAGGCGGUGCCUCUGCCUGACGGACAGCUCUGCUUACUCGCCCUCCCCCCAGAGUUAUGUCAGGGGGAGGGCCCAGAGGCCAUGUCCUACCUGAAACUGUUCGGCCGCCACAUCACUGACAGGAAGGGUGUGGUUUCAGGUAUUCUGCUGGUGACCUCCAGCAAAAUCUUCUUCGACCCAUUUAAGAAGCAUCCUCUGGUGAAGGAGCACGGCUGUGAGGAAUACUUUCUAUCUUGCUCCAUUGACAAUCUGGCUUCUGUGUCCUUCUUCUCUGAUAUUUCGCACUUUCACUUCAACACCACCAAGCAGAGGAAAAAAGACAAGAAUGUUUUCCAGAGGCUGAAGAAGGUCAAAAAUCGAUUAGGAAGCGUCCCAAAACAAACCGUGGGGGAGUCCCCUCCUGCCUCGGCGUCUUCUCGUUCUCAUUUUGCUGAAAAGUUAGCCGAGGAACCUUUAGAGGUAGAGGAGGGCGAAAGCAGAGACAUGGCGGAGGUCGAACGGGAGCUGGAUGGCGCCACACCCGGGGAGCUGUCAGAGAAAUCCGUGGGUGGGUUGGCGGUCCUAAGCAGCGCUGCCUCCUUCUGCUGUGGAGGUCAAGAGGAGGCGGGUAAAGGCAGCACGGAGAGUCAAACUGCAGUUCCUCGGAGGUCAUCAGCCGGUACCUCAGGGAGGGUGAUGUUUGUGCGGCUGCGGGUUCAGCCGCCGGUGGAGAAGAAGAGUUCAGAAGGUCUGCUGCUGGGAGGAGUCAAAACCUCCACACGACGGGACUCCUGGCUCGCCUUAUCACAGGAAAGCUCCGACGAGCUGCACGCCUACCUGAAGCGCUGCCGGCCAGACUUGUGCAUCAUUGACGGAGAGGAGGAGGGAGAGGCGGACUACGACGAAGAGGGGUUUGUACUGAUCGAAGGCAGAGAGGAAGAUGAGGAGCAAGAGGAGGAAGCCAUGUUGCAGAGGCGCUGCAGCUCUGCUGAUGACUGGGAGAUGGUGCUGAAGAUGGAAGACAGUAAGGACAAGCAGAUCCUGGCCAGUGAGAAGGAGCCUGACGGACUGAGUUCAGUUGUGGAAAAAAGCCAAAUUUUAGAGGAAUCUCAUGUUAGAGAACUGAAUAAGGAGCUGCCACCCCGGACGGUCGGUCACUCGUGGCAGCUGACCUACAGCACGUCCCGUCACGGCGCCAGCCUCAAGUCCCUCUACAGAAAACUGGGAGCAGUCGACUCUCCUGCACUGAUAGUCAUCAAAGAUGCUCUUGAUGAGGUUUUUGGGGCCUUCCUGUCUCACCCACUGAGACCCAGUGAAACUUUCUACGGCACAGGAGAGACGUUUCUCUUCAUGCUGCACCCCCGCUAUAAGUGUUUCAAGUGGACUGGAGAAAACUCCUUUUUCAUCAAAGGAGACUUGGACUGCUUUGCUAUUGGUGGAGGCAGUGGUCACUUCGGGCUGUGGGUGGAUGAGAGCCUGUACGUGGGCCGCAGCAGCCCCUGCUACACCUUCAACAACUGCUGCCUGUCGGAAACGGACGACUUCCGCAUCAUGGAGCUGGAGGUGUGGACGUUCAGCUGAGCUCACCGGACGAUUCCGACUCACAGACUCUGUUACCACUGAUUAGCUUCAGUGAACACAGACUUUAUCACAAAACACUAAUCUGCAUAUUCCAUGACCAUGUAAAAAGUCCUUCAGAUUUAUUUAUGUUAUCACUUAGAGCUAAAGCAAAGAAGGUGGAUCUUGAAGUGAUCACUGUCUCAGAGUAGAUGGUUGCAACACUGGAGUCAUUCCUGUGGUUUCAGCAGCCGAAUCAGGUUCUUCAGAUGUAAAAAGAGCUAAUAUACUAUGACAAUAGAUCAUCCAAAUCUUUAUUUUGUAACAGAGCAGGUUACAAGUAUGCACUUUGCUAACUUAUUUCCUCAUGAAGACACAUUCUGUGCCUGUUCCGUUUGUGCAUGUUCUGAGUUUCAUGCUGUCAUUUCUUUUUAGUCUUAUUUUUAAAUCUGCAUUUCUGUACAGCCUGCUGUCUCAAUAGCCAUCCCCUCCUCCCUUUAACCACUAAUCAUAGACUUGUUUUUCAUUUUUAUUUUAAAAAUACUUUAAUAACCAUCAUGGUGGUGUGGAAACCAAGCUGUUUCCAAAUGAAGGUAAAAAAUAAAAAAAAGACUUUACAUUUACACAGUCUUGUCAUUCAGCUGCUGUACAUGCUCAUAUUCUAAUUAACUUUGCUUACAUUGUACAAAAUUGUGGCUUAGUUAAUAAAACUAGCACAAUAUAAAACUGAACUUCUGUGUGAUUGCUGCAAUAAACAUUAUAGACAUAUUUUGUUAAAAAAAAAACUGGAAAAAAUAACACACUUGAAAGGCUUUUUAUAUAAAAGUCACUUAACUUUGUAACAAACAUAUGUGAAACCACCAUCUCUAUAGACUUGUUUUACACUUUAAGACCCACUCCAAUCAUGUUUUGCUUUACUUAAAUGUAUUCUCCGUGGUUUUUAAUUCUGAUUCAGCCAAAAUCAAAAAGAAAACUGUCAUUUUCUAGUAAAUAGUUUCUGUAAAGCAGCAAGAGUUCCUUAGAAAUGUAUCUGAGGUGGUAGGACUGCUGGCACAGAGCAUCCCUGCUCCCCUUUCCCGUCUCCAAACUUGUUACUUGUCAGGUAUACAGUGGGGCAAAAAAGUAUUAAAUCAGCCCCCAACUGUGCAAAGUCUCCCCUUAAAAAGAUGAGACGCCUGUAAUUUUCAUUAUAGGUAUACCUCAACUAUGAGGGACAAAAUGAGAAAACAAAAAAAACAAACAGAAAAUCACGUCUGAUUUUUAAAUAAUUUAUUUGUAAAUUAUUAAGAAAAAUAAAUAUUUGGUCAACUACAAACAAACAAGAUUUCUGUCUCUUACAUACAUGUAACUUCUUCUGUAAGAGGAUCCUUUGUCCUCCACUCGUUACCUGUAUUAAUGACACCUGUCUGAACUCGUUACCUAUAUAAGACAACUGUCCACAACCUCAAACAGUCACACUUUAAACUCCACUGUGGCCAAAACCAAAGAGCUGUCUGAGGACACUAGAAACAAAAUUGUUGACCUGCACUUGGGUUUGGAAGACUGAAUCUGCAAUCAACUGUGUCUCUGCGCUAAUGUCCGUGUUGCCUAGCAACAGCCCCAAAAUGUGACUGCUCUAGAGGAGAUCUACAUGGAAGGAUGGACCAAAAAUACCAGCAACAGUUUGUGAAAAUCUUGUGAAGAUUUACAGAAAACUUUUGACUGCUGUCAUCGCAAACAAACGGUAUAUGACAAAGUAUUGAGUUGAACUUUUAUUGACUAAAUACUUAUUUUCCAUUAUAAUUUACAAAUUAUUUAAAAAAAAAGUGAUUUUCUGUAAUUUUCCUCUCAUUUGGUCUCUCAUAAUUGAGGUAAACCUAGGAUGAAAGUUACAGGCCUCUCAUCUUUUUAAGUGGGAGAACUUGCACAGUUAGUGGCUGAUUAAAUACUUUUUUUAACAUCACAAAUAAGCUCUUUAUCCAACUAAAUGUUUGUACCCCUGAUUCACAAUAACUUGAAUAAAAUACUCAAAGAGCUUCAUUUUAUUCAUAUUUGUCCUCCACCGUGAGAAAAAUGCCACAAGAAUGAGUUAAAAACACACAAAAAAAUGUGUUUUAUCAGAGUGGGUCUUUAGAAUGAGUUACAGAAAACAGAUGAGUGAGAAUAGUCUGUUACAUUGAAAUGUCAAGUAGAUCUCUUUAUUUACCCAGAAACACCAGCUGUUUGUCGACAUACACCCACCUGGUGGAUUCAUAUGUUAAACAGUGCUCUUUGGUAUGGUCACGCCUUUUGAAUUUCAUUUAUAAGCACAAAAAAA